AUGUUUUUCGUCUCGACUGGAACCCACUCCACGUCGCGCGCGCUGCCCGCUUCGCACUCCUGGCGCUCUCGGCGACCGCAGCCCAGAGUCCACGCUCUUCCGCGGCCAGAGUCUCCGUAUGACGGCGUGUGCGACCACCUCCAGGCGGCCGUCUCCAGCCGCAUGGACCCGUAUGACGCGGUGCGGAUCCUGCGCACUGUGCUUGCCAGCUACGCUGUCGUCGCGCGCGGCAUGAGGUGCACGACGGGCGGCGCGAGGCAGGAGGUGCACGGCGAUGGUGGGGUCCGUCCAAUCCAUCUCGUCGUGGUGGCUGUGUCGCUCCACCGCGUCGGUGCGCACCUCGCCACGCGCCCCGAGGAGGCGCGUCGCCUGGCAGAGAUCGCCGUCGCGGCCGCGCGCGACUACCUGGUUGAGUUUCGCGCGGUGCGGCGCCUCAUUCUCAGCCUGGACAGUGCCGCCGCCCUGCCUGCGGCAGCCCGGCAGCGGCUGCUCUGCACCGUGGAGCCGCCGCUCUCAUCACCGUCGCCCGGCGGCGGCGCGGAUGGCUUCCUCGCGCGCACGGGCGAGGCUGGCACCCAGCGGCACGCCGAGCUUGCCCGUCUCGUCGGCGCGCUGCUCCGCCAUGGCUACGCGGUGAGCGAGGCGCCCGUCCUGGGCGACGCUCUGCUCGCCGCCGCCGAGGAGGAGGCGAGGCUGCUGCAGGCGGCAGGGAGGAUGCAACCAUUCGUCGAGAGAGCUCUUCGCUGCGUGACGGAGCACCCUGCGAUGAGAGGCGGCGCCCGCACGCUCCUCGAGGCGGUGCGUGGGGCGUGCGCAGAGUGCCCUCCGGGCGCCAACCCCGCCGCCGGCACCGCUCCGAAGCUUCUGCUCGAGCCGGCGACGAGCCUUCCGCUGGCCAUGCUCGCCUGCUACCCAGGCGGCGGUGCGCGCUUUCAGAGGCACGUGGACAACUCGCCCGAGGCGGCCGACACGCGCGCGGUGACGGCCGUGCUCUACCUCAACGGCGGCUGGACGCCCUCGCACGGCGGGGCCCUGCGCGUGUACGGCGACCUCGGCAAGGGCGACGCGGUCGAGGUCGAGCCGAGGCGGGGCACGCUCGUCCUAUUCUGGGCGCAUCGCGUGCCGCAUGAAGUGAUGCCUGCGAGCGAGCCGAGUUUCCCAUAA